CUGCCCUGCUGCUGCUUAGGCAGCUCCACUAGCCCUGCAACAGGAGGAGUGGUCAGUCACCUGAGCCUCGUCCCUGCUUCCUGGAUAAAGUCCUAUGCCUGCUUUUUCAAAAUGGGUUUUAUAAAUGGUGGAGGAUCCUGGAUCACAUUAUUGCAGGUGCCUGGGAGAGAGGGAGAGAUCCAGCCCUAGGCUCCUUUUUAACAGUAUUUGUACUGGCUGAAAUCAAAAUGACUUUUGAUGCAAAUGACCUGUAUCAGGGACAGAAUUUCAGCAAAGUUCUCAGCUCUCUCGUGGCUUUAAAUAAGGUGACUGCAGACAUAGGGCUGGGCAGUGACUCUGUAUGCGCACGUCCCUCAUCUCAUCGGAUAAAAUCUUUUGAUUCUCUGGGAUCCCAGUCUUUACACAGUAGAACUUCAAAACUCUUUCAGGGACAAUAUCGGAGUUUGGACAUGACAGAUAACAGCAACCAUCAGUUGGUGGUGAGAGCAAAAUUUAAUUUUCAACAGACAAAUGAAGAUGAACUUUCUUUUUCAAAAGGAGAUAUUAUUCAUGUUACAAGAGUGGAAGAAGGAGGCUGGUGGGAAGGAACUCUAAAUGGCAAAACAGGGUGGUUUCCAAGUAACUACGUACGAGAAAUAAAAUCAAAUGAAAAACCGGUCUCCCCCAAAUCAGGUACAUUGAAGAGUCCACCUAAAGGCUUUGAUACGUCUGCAAUUAACAAAAGCUAUUACAAUGUGGUGCUACAAAAUAUAUUAGAAACAGAAAAUGAAUAUGCUAAGGAGCUACAAACAAUGCUUUCAAACUACCUGCGACCAUUACAAGCCAGUGAAAAGUUAAACUCAGCAAAUACUUCAUACUUAAUGGGAAAUCUAGAAGAAAUAAGUUCUUUCCAGCAAAUGCUUGUACAGUCUUUAGAAGAAUGCACCAAGUUGCCUGAAGCUCAGCAGAGGGUUGGAGGAUGUUUUCUAAAUUUGAUGCCACAAAUGAAAAGCUUAUACCUUGCAUACUGUGCCAACCAUCCAUCAGCAGUAAAUGUUCUCACAGAACACAGUGAGGAGCUAGGAGAAUUCAUGGAGAUGAAAGGUGCCAACAGCCCUGGGAUCCUUGUACUGACCACGGGCCUCAGCAAACCUUUUAUGCGUCUGGAUAAAUACCCCACGUUACUCAAAGAACUUGAAAGGCACAUGGAGGAUUAUCAUCCGGAUCGUCCAGAUAUUCAAAAAUCCAUGACUGCCUUCAAAAAUCUUUCUGCACAAUGUCAAGAAGUACGGAAACGGAAAGAACUUGAACUACAAAUACUGACGGAAGCUAUCCGUUGUUGGGAGGGAGAGGAUAUUAAAACACUUGGCAAUGUGAUUUACAUGUCCCAGGUCAUGAUUCAGUGUGCUGGAAGUGAGGAAAAGAAUGAAAGGUAUCUCCUUCUCUUCCCUAACAUUUUGCUAAUGUUGUCUGCCAGCCCGAGAAUGAGUGGGUUUAUCUAUCAGGGAAAACUGCCAAUGACAGGAAUGACUAUCACAAAGCUAGAAGACAGUGAAAACCAUAAAAAUGCAUUUGAAAUAUCAGGAAAUAUGAUUGAAAGGAUACUAGUGUCUUGUAACAACCAACAAGAUUUGCAUGAAUGGGUGGAUCACCUGCAGAAGCAAACCAAAGUCACGACUGUUGGGAAUCCCACCAUUAAACCUCACUCUGUGCCAUCUCACACGCUUCCUUCCCAUCCAGUAACACCCUCCAGCAAGCAUUCAGACAGCAAGCCAAUACCACUGACUCCUGCGUACCACACUCUCCCUCAUCCAUCACAUCAUGGGACUCCACAUACCACGAUAAACUGGGGACCUCUGGAACCUCCAAAAACCCCCAAGCCUUGGAGCCUGAGCUGCUUACGGCCCGCACCUCCAUUACGGCCUUCAGCAGCUCUUUGUUAUAAAGAGGAUCUCAGUAAAAGCCCUAAAACCAUGAAAAAGCUGCUUCCCAAACGCAAGCCAGAACGGAAGCCAUCAGACGAAGAGUUUGCACUGAGAAAAAGUACAGCUGCUUUAGAAGAAGAUGCUCAGAUUCUUAAAGUCAUUGAAGCAUAUUGCACAAGUGCCAAAACACGUCAAACACUAAAUUCAACAUGGCAAGGCACUGACCUGAUGCAUAAUCACGUCUUGGCUGAUGAUGACCAAUCAAGUCUAGACUCCUUGGGUCGUCGCAGUAGUCUUUCUCGUUUGGAGCCUUCAGACCUCUCAGAAGACUCUGACUAUGACAGUAUAUGGACAGCCCAUAGUUACAGAAUGGGGUCUACAUCUCGUUCCCGUAAAGAAUCAGCUCCUCAAGUCCUGCUUCCAGAAGAAGAAAAAAUUAUUGUAGAAGAAACUAAAAGUAAUGGUCAGACUGUUAUAGAAGAGAAAAGCCUUGUUGACACAGUAUAUGCAUUAAAGGAUGAAGUACAGGAGUUAAGACAGGAUAACAAAAAGAUGAAGAAAUCACUAGAAGAAGAACAAAGAGCUCGCAAGGACUUGGAGAAGCUUGUUAGAAAAGUUUUAAAGAACAUGAAUGAUCCAUCUUGGGAUGAAACCAACUUAUAACUAAUUUUUUUUGCUCCCCCCCUCCCCUUCUUUCUAUUGAAAGACCAGUUGUAAAACUGAGCUGGGAAGCCUUCUGACAUUAGUCAGUGUUGCAUCAAGAGCACUACAAAACAGGAUUUAACUGGAUCUAGUGAUUUCUUGCUCUGAACAUAUAGAAAAGUCAAGUCAUUUACUGAAGCAAUCUGUACUUUAAGUGUGGAGACCAUGGAUCCUGAACUCUACUAAACUUAAUUUGUUUGCAUCUAAAUUACCUCAUUUUGCAGAAAGUGCAGCACCUGACUAAAAGUCCAUGUUUUUCAGUGGCUUUUUAAUUAAAUAUAUAUUUUUCUUGUAAAUAUCUGUAAUUUUGAAUGCAUAUGUGAUUGAUGUAUCAGGGCUGAUGUUAUUUUUUUUCUCUUGUUAUUAUAAUGGUCACAAGUGUUAGAAAUGAUGGCAGUACUGUCUUACCUAAGAAAGGUUAGAGUUCUUUGUGGAUAAUUAUGGAUUUGUUCCAAAUUACCCACUCAUCACACAUGCAAAUUUAAAAACUUAUUUUUCCUAUUGACCACUGUAUUUAAAUCCUUUACUGUUAUUUAUGUCUGUGCAUACAUUUUUAAACAGUUUACAAUUCUUUAAGAACAGUAUUAAAAUACAGAAAGCUGUUUAUUGACAGUAGAAACAAUUUUUAACAAAACUAAUGCCCAUGAUUUACGUUCACGUACACUUGUUUGGCAGACUAAUCUGUUGUGCUUUGGCCACCAAAAGACUGAUGUACUUGCCUGCUUUUUAUGACUGUGAUUUUUAGGUGUUUACGUACUACAUUUUCUAUUGUUGUGCUUAAACAUACAGCUGGCUGAUAAUUUAAUAGAUCAUACAGUUUGUUAAAGCAAAAAAAUCAAUAUAAUCCAGAAUUUUGUGAAUAAAUUGUUGCUAUUUAUAUUCUGUGGUCACAACAAUUAAAUUUUAGCUAACCUUUAUGCAUAAGACACAUGGGCUAGGCCA